UCAGUUUGCACACUGCAACAACUUCUUUAACUUUGCUUAAUAUAAUACUAGGAUACAUAACCAUUUUUAAUUAAAUCAAUGAGUAUACUGUAUUCUAUUAAUAGAAGACAGCUAGAAUGAUGAUCUCAUUACUUGUUGGGAGUUUGAACCCAAGUGGUUUGAUCAUUCAUUUUCGUUGCAUGCAAUGUCAAGUUUUGCUGAGGCAUUUUGCAAAUGAGUUUUGCUUUCUAUGACCUGAUCUUUUGUUUCUUUAAGUAAAAUUAGUUUCUUCUUGUUACAACAUGAUAACGUGUUUCUCUUCCUUGCAUUUGUAGAUUGUCUCAACGCUAUUGCCUUAUUGCUAAUCUUUUUGUCCACUGAGUAAUACAAGCUCUCUAAGAUGGCUCCUCAUUCACAAGCACCAUCCCUUUCUAAAGGGAAAGGAAAGGUUAAAGAAUACUUCACAUGGACCCCCAAAAUGGAUAAGGUUCUGGCGGAGUGUUUCAUUGAACAAAUGAAACAAGGGAAAAGUUGGAUGGGAAAUGUGCGUGGAAGAAUACUUCCUGGACAGCUGCUAUUAAUGCGCUUGCCGACAAGUUACGGCCUUUAUUGGUUUCUUGCAACUCCGGUUCUGCAAUCACAUGGGAUCACUCAAAGGGAAGAGUUGAGGUCUAUGAUGAGAAUGUGUGGAACGAACGCAAACCCUAAACUUACACCCUAUAGAAGGAAGAUUAUAGUUGAGAAUUGGGAAGAAAUUUGCACAAUCUUCUCACAAGACCGUGCUAAUGGGCAAGGUGGCCACACUCUUAGGGAGAUGAAUGCUGAAGAAACAGUAAGGGAAUCUGUUAAUUUGGGAGAUCCAUUUGAGACUUGCGAGGAAGAUGAGAUCAUGAGACUUAUGUUGGGAUACCAAAAGAGAAAAGAAGUUGCAUCUUCUUCUACUUCUCAGGGUAUGAACAAGAAACCGAGUUCAUCAAAUAUAAUGAUUUUGUAUUUGUUGAUUUUGUAUUCAUUACGUGCAGCUGAUUUUGCAAACCCUAAACUUGCACCCUACAGAAGCAAGAUUAUAGUUGAGAAUUGGGAAGAAAUUUGCACAAUCUUCUCUCAAGACCGUGCUAAUGGGCAAGGUGGCCACACUCUUACGGAGAUGAAUGCUGAAGAAACAGUAGGAGAAUCUGUUAAUUUGGGAGAUCCAUUUGAGACUUGCGAGGAAGAUGAGAUCAUGAGACUUAUGUUGGGAUUCCAAAAGAGAAAAGAAGCUGCAUCUUCUUCUACUUUUCAAGAUCGUGCUAAUGGGCAAGGUGGCCACACUCUUAGGGAGAUGAAUGCUGAAGAAACAGUAGGGGAAUCUGUUAAUUUGGGAGAUCCAUUUGAGACUUGCGAGGAAGAUGAGAUCAUGAGACUUAUGUUGGGAUACCAAAUGAGAAAAGAAGCUGCAUCUUCUUCUACUUCUCAAGGUAUGAACAAGAAACCGAGUUCAUCAAAUAUAAUGUGUUGUUUCAUGAAGCAAAUUGCUGAAAACUUUGGUGAGUUUAUGGUGACUGAGAGACAAAUAUUGGUUGCUACAAAAAAAGCUACACCGGAAGAUAUACUUGAAGCAUUGAAGGUAGUCUCCUUGGACGAGAUGCAAACCUUCAAAGCCCUAGAUUUGAUGAUGGGCAAUCAAAGAUUAUAUGACACGUUUGUUGGGCUGUCAACAGUUGAAAUGAAACAACAGUGGCUUAUGGUGUAG